GUCGUGUUAUGUUCCGUGUAUUACCCUGUCCAAAAAUCACGCGCCCCCACCCGCAUCCCGCUCCCCUCGGUCACUGCCUCUGCACUGGCAGCUCCACAUGCACCCGUAAACCGCACUUGUUUAUGUUUUUAUUCAUCUUUUUUUAAAGAAGUGAUCAACUAUGGAAUAACUGACUUAACCUGACUUGAUUUGUGCCAAAAUCAAAAGGAUUUGAACCGAAGGAAUUGAUCAAUAUGGCUGACGGGGCCAAAACUGCCACUGGGUCCCCAGCAGCAGCAACCGCAGCAGCAUGUGGCUCAGUUAAGUCCAAAGCAGUGAUGGUGCUGAACAAACUACGAGUGUCUGUGGAGCUGCUCAUUGCUCUGGCUGCUCUCUUGUGCUGGCUGACGGUGGGCGUGGUCAUGUUUGACUUUGUGGAGUACAAGGCAGUACCAGACAUCCAGCACAUCAUGUCCGACCCGCUCCAAGCUGCGUAUGACGCUGCGGAUGAAGUGUCCAAUCUCGUCAGCAAGUUCCAAGAAUGUGCGCCCGACUUAAGCGACCCCAUGUCUGCAGCCACCUACGCGCUGGAUGAAAUAGCCCAAGCCAAAGACAAAUUUGUGCAACAUUUCUCAGACGAGAAUGAUGUCUUCUACCUGAGCUACGUGGAUCCGGUGGUGAUAGGCAGAGGACUUUUCCAUUCCACCAAUGACUUUGUGUGCGGGAUGGCGGCGUCCCUCAGGGACACGUUUUGUGCCGCUCUGGACGCCGUGUUAUAUUCUGCAGCACAUUUAAGUCAAGUGUUGCGUCCGGGAGCAAUCGACCUGAGCUUCAUGGAUCCGCUUCCGUGGUGUCGAGGACUGUUUUCCUGCACCAGAGACUUUGUUUGCGGCCUGCUGGGCUCCAUUCAGCAGUACUGCUGUGGCAUCUUGGACUCUGCUCUGGAUCUCGUUGAAGUGUUGCGUCCAGGAGCAAUCGACCUGAGCUUCAUGGAUCCGCUUCCGUGGUGUCGAGGACUGGUUUCCUGCACCAACGAUUUUGUUUGCGGCUUGCUGGGCUCCAUUCAACAGUUCUGCUGUGGCAUCAUGGAUUCUGCUCUGGAUCUCGUUGAAGUGUUGCGUCCUGGAGCAAUCGACCUGAGCUUCAUGGAUCCGCUUCCGUGGUGUCGAGGACUGUUUUCCUGCACCAGAGACUUUGUUUGCGGCCUGCUGGGCUCCAUUCAGCAGUUCUGCUGUGGCAUCUUGGACUCCGCGCUGGAUCUCAUUCAAGACAGCGUCGACCUCAGCUUUUUGGACCCUGCGGCGUUUGGCAGGAAUGUCAUCAGUGUCACAAACGACACCGUCAAUAAAAUAACGGUCGGCCUGCAGGAAGCGAAGGCCGUCACCACAGACGUCGUGCUUGAUAUAGUCAACGACAUCCAGGAAAUGGUCUACUUCAGCCCCUCCGCUGCCCUGAACAGGACCGUCGAAAUCGUCGCGGAGCAGUACCAAAUGCUCGCGGGCGCCAUCUACGGGGUCCUGCCCGACGUUGCCUUUGACCCCGUGAAAGUGGUGGAAGACGCCAUGCUCCAGCUGACCGACAAGAAGGAUCUGUUUGUGGCCUACGUGAGCACCAUGAUUGUGGGCGAGCAAGCUGAACCAGUUGCUACACCGCCUAAGGAUAUAAUCCAUGAAAAAGAUGAAAGUGCAGCACCUCGCUCAGACAUACCGAUGGUGAGACGCAAAGGUGAAUUUCUACCACCGUAUGUAAGAGUUGCAGAGGACAUGGUGAUGAUGCGCGCGGCUCAAGACCACCAAGAAGGCAAAAAAGCAACCGAGCAGGACAAGGUGGAACACGUCCGCCCAGGAGCGCCACUGGACACCCAGGAAGAGGAGGAAGAGGAGGAGGAUGAAGAUGAAGAGGAAUGGCAGCUUCAAGUAAAUGGAGAGGAAGAACCAAGAGAGGCCACAGAGGAGAAGAUAGAAAGCAGUGAUGAUGUGGUGAACGAAGAGGAAGGUGUGUCGAAAGUGGAGGAGGAACAGGACGAGAGCGCAGGUGCAGGAGUCCCGUUCAUUGGGGAGGAAGAAGAGGAGAUCCCUUUUGAUGAGAGGGAGGAAGAAAAUGAGGAGACGACAACCUCGGAUGCUCAGGCUCAGGCGGCAACGGAAGAUGAGGAGACUCAAACUGGGGGCGAGGGGGAGGAGCGGGAUGAAGAAGAUGAGGAGCUGACCGCUGUAGUUAAAGAGGAAGAGGAGGACGGGGGGGAAGAAACAAAAACUGUCGAUGAAGAAGAGUUGAAAGAUGAUGAUCAGGAGCAAGAAGUGGAGGCAAUAACUAAAAAUGAGGAGGUGGAAGAGACACCGACCGUAGAUGAUGAGGCAAUUACAACUUUAGCUGAUGAUGAGGAUGAAGAUGAGGAGAUGGCAACCGUCGAUCACCACGAGGAGGAAGAGGAGGAGACGACAACGGAUAAGGAAGAGAUCACAGUUGACAAUGCGGAUGAAGACGAGGGAGCAACCGAAGAUGAUGAGGAGGAGGGCGAAGAAGGUGAGAAAACAACAUGGUCCGGUGAAGAGGAGGAGACCCUUCCCAUAGAUGAUCCCGACGAAGAAGAGGACUCCUUCUUCCUCUUAGAGGAGGAGGCCCAAGAGCAAAUUCCAACACUGGAGGAGGAGGAGGAGGAGAUAACAACAAUGGAUGAGGUUGAUGAAGAUGAGAAAACAUUCGCUGAUGAGGAGGAAGCGACGCUCACCAUAGAUGACGAGGACGAGAAGACUUCAAGAGUAGACGAGGAGGAAGACGAGCCGUCAACCGUCGAUGACGAUGAUGAUGAUGAUGAUGAAGAGGCAAAAACAACCAAAGAUGACGAGUUGGAGGACGCCGCAACGGUAGAUGAUCAGGACGAGGAAGAGGAGAGAACCACAACAUUCAAUGAGGAGGAGCAAGAGGAGACAACAACUCGAGAGGAGGAAGAGGAGGAAAACGCUGCCGCUGAGGAAGAUGACGAAAGACCAUUCGAUGACAACGAGGAGACAAAAGAGAAGGCGGCACGAGAUGAAGAUGAGGAGGAUGAUGAGGAGGAGGGAGCGACAUUAGAGGAUGAGGAUGGGGAUGGUGAGGAUGAAGACGAGGAGGGGAUAACACCAGUUGAGGAUGAUGAUGAUGAUGAUGAUGAUGAUGAGGAGACGGCAACUUGGCAGCCUUUUGUCACGGUUGACGACAACGACGAGGCGGUCGAGGGCAAACCUUUCGAGCGUCGGGAUGCCGACCGACGUGACCUUCAUCGUGGCAAGAGAGCUGAUUUGGAUGAAGACAAAGCGCCUGUUCCUCAACGCACGACUGUUCAGAAACAUCCCAUCAAACGCCACGCAGCUGUCAAACAUGCAGCCAAAAAACAGCCGGCACCCGGAAAAGUUCCCAUUGUAAUUAAAGACCUUUUAAAAGAAACAAAAAAAGAAACGAAAACAGAUGCCACACACCAAGAAUUGCUUACGAACAAAACCAAGGAUGAAAAAGUAACAGAGAAGCUCAAAGCCAUCAUGAAACUCCUUAAGAAAAAGCCAAAAAAAGCCAAAGAAGAACCCGUGAGAAAGAAGCCACCGAAGGAGCUGUUGCAAGUUGGAGUAAAGGCCACCGAAAACAUAACGAUUGCAAAGAAGCCCUUGAUGGUGAAGCUUUCCAAAGUUAAAAUGGCAAAGAUGGCUGAGGAAUCAAAGAAAGAUGCCGGGAAACUUGCCAAAGAGGAGAAAAAAGAGAAGGGACCUCGAACUGAAAAGCUCACAAAGCAUUUUCCAAAACAAGAAAUAAAAGAUGAGAUAUUACACAAGAGGGCAAUCCCCAAAGCUCUCAAAGUAGUCACGGGUUUGUCUGGAAAAGAAGAGAAAGAGGUCAAAGAACCUACAAAAGCAAAGAAACCUCCAAAAGAAGUUAAAGAACCUUUUACAAAAGAAUUAGAAUCCAAGAAACCUCAUAAAGAAGUCAAGGAACCUUCUCAAGAGGCCAAGAAACCUCAUAAAGAAGUCAAAGAACCUUUCAGGAUUAAGAAGGAAAUGAAGAAACCUCACAAAGCCGAGAAGGAGGUCAACGCAACUUGUACAGAAGACAAAAAACCUCAGAAAGAAGUGAAGGAGGUCAAAGAAACUCUGGAGGUAGUCAAGAAACCGUAUAAACAAAAGAAAGAAGUCAAAGAACCCAUGGAGGUAGUCAGGAAACCACAGAGAGAAGAGAAAGAAGUCAAAGAACCAUCAAAGGAAGCCAAGAAACCUCCAAAGGAGGAGGUGGGGGUCAAAAUACUUUCUGGAGAAGAGAAGGAAGUCAAAAGAUCUCAAAAAGAAGAGAAACGUGUCAAAGAAACUUUAAGGGAUACAGAGAAACUGCCAAAAGAAAUUGACGAACCUUCAAAAGAACUCAAGAGAUCUCCAAAAGAAGUCAAAGAGCCACCUAGAAAAGAAGCCAAGAAAGUUCUUAAAGAAGAGGAAGCUGUCAAAGAAACUUCUAGAGAAGAGAAGGAAGUUGGAAAACAUCAGAAAGAUGAUACAGAGGUCAAAGUCACUUCAAAGCAAGUCAGGAAGGCGCAGAAGCAAGACAAGGAGGUCAAAGAUCCUUCUAAGGAAGUCAAGAAACCUUCUACAGAAGUCAAAGUACCUUCAGGAAAAGAGAAGGAGACGGCGCAGAAGCAAGACAAGGAGGUCAAAGAACCUUCUAAGAAAGCUAAGAAACCUUUGAAAGAAGAGAGAGAAGUCAAAGAUCCUUCUAAGGAAGUCAAGAAACCUACAGAAGUCAAAGUACCUUCAGGAAAAGAGAAGGAACCUGUAAAACCUCCGAAAAAAGUCAAAGAACCUUACGAGGAAGCCAAGAAACCUCGGACAGAAGACAAAGACAUCAAAGUACCUUCCAAGGAAAUCAAGAAACCUCCAAAAGAACUCAAAGAACUUUCUAGCAAAGAGAAGGAAGUUAGGAAACCGAAGAAAGAAGAGAAGAUGGUCCAAGAAUCGGCAAAGGAAGAGAUGGAAGAAAAAGUAAAGGAGGACAAUGUUGAGCUGAGCAAACCUUCCAAAGAACAAAAGUCUGUGGAACCACUCAACGAAGACGUUGAAAAUCUACCCAGAGAGAAACUUCACAGAAAAUUGAGAACUGUCAAUGCGUUACUCAAAGAAGUACAAGAGAAACCACUGAGAGAAGGCAAAGAAGACAAGAGGCGUCCUCAAGAAGAAGGUGACAAAGCUCUCAAAAUGGUGAGUGCAGUCAAGGAACAUCCCAAGGAAGUUCAGAAACCGGCUUUGGAGGAGCAAGAAACCAAGAGACCCAUCAAAAAAGUUACGAAACCACUCGUGGAGAAGAAAGAAAUCAAGAAAUCCAUCAAAGUAGACAGCGGAGCAAAUGUGUCUUCUGAGAAACCACAUGAAGAUGGGUCCAAAAUCCAAGUCAGGAGGGAGCCUGCUGAAAGACUUUUCAAAGUCCAGAAACAAGUUUCAGAAGGAAAACAAGCUACCACAGAUGAGUUGAAAGAAAAAAGACCUCGUGAAAAAGUGUUGGUCUUCAGGAGAACUUCCAAAGACUGCGUGGAAGCUCUCAAAGAAACACACAAGGAGCUUAGCAAUCAAACAGAAGAACUCAAGAAGUCUCCAAAAGAGGAAAAGGAACCCAAGAAACGUCUCACAGAAGAGCUCCAGAAACAAAAGGUACAAGAGUCCACGGCCACCACGCCGCAGAAAGAGGAGCGAAAGAGACCACGUGCAGAACAGGAAGUCAUAAAAGAGGAGAAGGACAUCAUGGGAUCUCUCAGGAAACAGGCAACCGGAAUGCAGAAAGACCUCGUGAAAACAUCUCCAGAGGAAAAACCCUCUGAGAAAAAAGAAAAGCAAAAGGGGAAGAUUCCACUUCAAGAAGAAUUCGAUGAAUCUCUGAGAGAAGAGAAAUCCGUCACCGUGUCCCUCAAAAAAGAGAGAAAGCUCCUCAAACUGAGUGAAGAAGAAAAAGACAUACAGAAACUUUCACAAGAAGUCCCAGAUGAAAGUCAAGUCCCUGAGGAGGACGAGGGAAAGAAACCUCCCAAAGUAGAGCACAAGAUAUCGCCUAAAGUCGACACCAGGAGAUCUUUAAGCGAGGAGAUGGAAGUCAAAAGAUCGAUCCGAAGACAGACUCAGCUCCAGAAACCAACCAGAAUGGAGAAGGAACCCAAGAAAACACCCCAACAAGUCCCUGAAGAGAGUAAACCCCUUGAAGUGAAAGAGGAGGAGAUUCCGCCCAAAGAACCACUUGAAGAAACAAAGACACAUGCCAAAGUAGAGCUUGAAGAGAAGAAACUUCCCAAGAAAGAGAAACAAACCCAAGUGGCAGAUAAAACAGAAAUUAGGAAAUCAUCAAAGGAUCUUCAGCUCUCCGUGAAGGACAAGGAGCUGACAAAAUCUCCCAAGAAGGCAAAACCUGAAGACAUCAUUUACAGUGAACUCACGAAGGCCUCCAAGCAAAAACUGAAGGAACCCUCGAAAGAACUUUCGAAACGCUUCAAGAAGGAACCACAAAAGUCGUCCGGGGUGCUCUCGAAAGCCACCACUGAAGACGCUUCGAAAGUGGACAAAAAAGUCAAGAAGACUUUGAAAGAAGGACCCGCGCUGACAGCCGAUGUCUCCCAGAGACCUCCCAGGUUGCUGAGAGUCACCAAAAAGCAAAUAGCCCCAGUCCUUAAAAAAGAACACGCGAAUGUGACAAAAGAAGAUGCCCCGAAUGCUCACGAGGCCAAACCAGAAGCUACCAAAAAAGCUACUCCAAAGGAAAAAGCUAAAGCAGUCAAGAAAAUAGAACAAAAAGAUCCUGCAAAAAACACUUCUCUGCUGAAGGAGAGAGUUAAAAUAGUGCCAAUGAAGAAAGUUAUCACGAGGCCAGUAAAGAAAGUCCAGGAGACCCCUGCAAAGACACAUGCUGGACUUCAUACAAAACCGAGUGCGGCUCUCAAAGAAGCAGGCCUUGCUCCUAAAAAUAUGUCUGUUGCUGGAGAGAAAGUGAAAGUGGUUCCACUCAAGAAAGAAGCUGUUGUCAGGGAGAGGAGGAUUGUGAAAGCUAAAGGCGACAAGACUGAAACAAAGAAAAAAGUCACAUCGCUCCUCAAGACGAAAGCAGAGCAGGAGACCUCCAAAGAAAACCAAAAGCCCUCAGCAGAGACAAAAGAAAAAGCCGCGGAGAAGAAGGCGGCAAAAGGCAACCUGCCGAAAGAAGACAGAGUUCUGAAAGAGAUACAAGAAAAAAAUAAAUCCUCAAAGGAGGAGCAAUCAAAAGUGGACUCUGAUGACUUUGUUCCGGAAGACGAGCUGCCCUACUUCCAGUGUUUCUUCGUGGAUGAGGACGAAGCCCAGUUUCCCUUCUUCGCAUUCUCGCCGCUGCAGGUCUGAAGUGGACCAGCAGAUGGCGCCCAUGUUACAGAGCCCAACAACUGAGUGGAGCGAGGGAUUGUGGGUAAUUCUUGCCAUUUGGACAGAGACAUUUUAGUUCGCAUUUGGUUGAGGUCUCCUACCAAUUAUGUGCAAUCCAUGUCAUUCCUUGUUUUUUUUAGUAAUCUUUUUCAGAUUUUUUUUUCGUUUUUUUUUUCCCGCAUUUU